AUGAGGUUGGCGAAGGCUAAGAAGACUAGCGAGUCAUCUGCCCGGGCGAAGGGAUCUUCAGUGUCGGCGGUUGAUCCCAAGGUGAACAAGUCCAGCCCUGCAGGGGAUGCAUGCGUGUUUGACCUGCUCAAGUCGAACUUUCUAUCAAACCCGUCCUCUUGUGCUGAGUUGGUCGAUCACAUCUGUCAGGCUGGCGAUCUCGGCACCUUCUCGAUUUUUGUUGCUGAAACUAUCCGAAACUCAUCUGCGGUUGCCCCCUCUUCUGCUGCUGACUUGAUUAGACUAAAAGAUGCCUAUUUCUGUCUUGAGCGCAAGAAUGCUGACGUCUCCUUUAGUUAUGACAAGCUUCUGGUUGGCGCAUGUCAUAAGUCUGCUGAAAAGUCCAAGCUCGAAGCUACCACAAAUGCGUACAAGUUGGGCUACUUGGACUGCUCAACUGGAAAUGGUUCAUUCUAUGCCAUUGGAGAUGGAGACAUCGAGAUGCUCUAUGAGGAUGCAGCAGAUGAGGUAGUGAUAAACAUCGCGGAUCAGGCAAGUGAGGCUGCUGAAGUCAUAGCUGAUCAGGUGGAUGCCGAAGAGGCUGCAACUCAAAGGUCUCCUGCUGGCGCCUCGGAGUAG